AUGCCAUAUUCCAGUAUUGAUAUGGAAGAAUUCGGAGUGGAUUGCAAGAUUGGCUUUCUGUUAGGGUACCGCGAAGACAUUGUGGGAUGUCAUGUGUACUUUCCGACUGAACACAAGAAGGAUUAUGUUUCAAACGUGAAAAUUAAUGAGUCUAUUGCGUACAAAGAUCCAUAUGAGGCUACGUACACAUCGAGAGUAUACAUGGCUGAGGCCGUUCGUGAAUCCAUCGAGGCGAACGAGAUUGAUGUUGGUAACAUUGAUGUGAUUGCUGCGGACGGACACGAUAAAUUAUCACAUGAAGCCGAAGCCAGCGCAGUUUCAGAUAUGUGUACAGCUGUCGAUAUGAUCUCACAACAAACUGAUUGUGAUAUCGAUAUGAUCUCAUACCAAACUGAUUGUGACAACACAACCGAGCCGUUUGGAUUGAGUGACAUUGACAGUAUUGGCAAUACCCCACGGGAACAGGGAGAAAAUGUGGAAAACGACGUAUCACAUGCAGCAAAUUGUUCCCCUGGUGAUCUGGACGAGCUGGUACAAAGCAAUGAUCAAUAUAGGGCAGAAGGAGAAAGGGAAACGUCGUCUUACUACCCAAGAUCACGUGACUUGCAAACGGUGAAGAGCUCACAAGAAGAUCUGGUUUAA